GGGAAGAGGAUGGGAAGCAUUCGCAGUGUCGCGCGCUGUUGCAGUCGCGGGUGAAAGAAAACGAGGCGUGUAUUUGCAUGGUAGCUCACACAAACUAACGGGGCGGCCGCGAUGAACCGGUCCGGCUCGUCCGACUCUGCAGGCCGCUCGUGGCGCGUCGGCACGCUGGGCCGAUCGCUGGGCCGCAGCCGAGAGGCGGCCGCCCGCCCGCCGCCGGCGCCUGAUCGCGAGCGGUACGACCCGCGGCGCUUCCAGGGUCAGGGCGUGACCUUCAAGGGCAAGCUGAUCGGCGUGCUGGCGGUGGCCGAGGCGCGCGGCGACCGCAUGUGUCAGGACGCGCUGGCCGAGCUCAAGAUGGCAAUCCGUGCCGCCGGCGAGCACAAGCAGAAGGUGGUCAUCAGCAUCGGCAUCGACGGCCUCCGGCUGCGCGACGAACGCUCGGGGGACUGCCUGUACCACCACCCGGUGCACAAGAUCUCGUUCAUCGCGCAGGACAUGACCGACAAGCGGGCGUUCGGCUACGUGUUCGGCUCGCCCGACACGGGCCACCAGUUCUUUGGCGUCAAGACGGAGAAGGACGCCGGCCAG